UUAGAUAUUGUUUGAAUUGUACACUUAACUGGUUAACUGAAAUAAUGUCAACACGAAUUUGUUGAAUCUUACUGCCUUGUUAAUACUAGUACACUUUGUAAUCUUUGGUCUUCGUGUAGUCUCCCUUUCCUCAAUCUGAGGUUGAGAUGGUUGCCGGAAAACUUGGGUGGUUUAGAGCAAAGGCUGGAGAUCAGUCUAAAUCAAAAAGAGCUAAUGAAACAAAACGGUCAAAGUAUCCUAUUAAGUACAAGAAGAUGCAACAAGCUGUUAAAGAUCUACUUUACGUAAACUAUUCCUAUGCUGACGAACUCCAAAGAAUGAAACAACAAAUACAGGAGCGAAGAGCAGAAAAACAAUAUCUCAAAAUGAAACUGAAAGGCUAUAAAAGUGGCCGAGAAGCUCCUUUAACUUACAUUGCUAAAUCUCAUUCUAAACGGACAAGUACUACUAGUCGAGCCGCACAAGUAAGAUUGAAAAAGCAGAAAGAAAAAGCAAGAGCAAAAGCCUCAUCAGCUAUUGCUGCUGCGGCUACAGCAACAUUGGAAAAACUACAGAAGGAACAAGCAAGUGUUGUUAAAGGGAUGCCUACAAAGCGAAAAAGACUAAAACCUGGGAUGAUUAGAAAGAAGUUGCAACCUAUCCCACUUGAUUCACAAGGACAUCCUGUUAUGCCUAUUAAUCUUGGAGGACUAACCAUAACUUCUCUUGGCAAGAUUGUCUCUGAUCGUCCUGGAUUCCAUUCUGAACGCUACAUUUGGCCAAUUGGAUUUGAAAGCCAUCGUACAUUUUUUAGUAUGCACAAACCUGGAACAAAAUGUGUGUACACAUGCAAACUACUGGAUCGUGGUGAAUCACCAAUGUUUGAAAUUAUGGCAAGUGAUGAUUUGGAUAAUCCAAUUCAAGGUAGCUCAGCUACAGCGUGCCAUUCAACUGUUUUAAAACGAGUCAACAAAACCAGAUCUCGUGAUGCUACUAACACAGGGUCCGGUCCAGAGUUUUUUGGGUUCUCUCAUCCAGUUGUAAUGAAUAUUCUACAGAACCAUCCAGAAACUCACCUCUUGACAAAGUUCCAGCGAGUAGAGUUUGAUGAUCCACUAGGCGUGCAGAACACUGUCAUUAAAAUGCCUCAGCAACAGUCAACUGAACGACAGCGUAUUUCUCUCAUCGCCAGACCAGAAAAGCCUGGUCAAGGUGAUUUGGCACUAGGAGGAGAAAGUGAGUUUGCAGGUAGAUCUGAUGAGUUGAACAUAGGUCAGAGCGUAGAUUCAUCAGAGAGUGGUUCAUCCAGUGACGCCAGUGGGAGUUCCAGUGAAAGUGACAAAAGCAGCAUUAGUGGUAGUGAAGAAUGGAGUGAGUCAUCUGAAAGUGAAGUUGACACCAAUGGUGAAGGCAGUGGCAGCACAUCAUCUAGUGACAGCAAUUCAGUUGCAGCCGGAAUUCAAACGGAACGUUAAGUAUGAUUUGCUUAUAAUCUAGACUGCUGGCUGAUUGUAAGUGACCUCAGUAAACUUCUCUGUUUAUGAUUGAAACAAGAGAUUGGCAACUACAACUUGUUUGCAAUCGACAAGCCUCUAAGGGUGUUGUUUGUCAAGCACAUGUAUGUUAUGAAUGUAAUCACUAACGAUCCAGUAAUUUUAUUCUCUAUAGAGAUCUGACUUAUUUAUAACUCAGAAUAGGCAUAGAACACAAGUCAUGGAGUGAGCUGAUUUGUAACUCUUGGAUUGGUUACGUUUGCUAAUAUGAAAUGGUUGAUACAAGAGUGAAUU